AUGUCUCUCCUGUCCUUAAACUACCAACCUGGCUGGAGCCUGUGCUCUGCUCUCUGUGUCCUCAUCGUGUUGCUCCCAGACGCCAAAGCAGACAACCUGAACGACACAGCCCGCAAUGGAGGCGGCUCCCAGUGUGGGGAGUACUCCAACCAGGUGAUGGAGAACGGGCUGUGUCGGCUGGUGGCCACGCUGCCUCAGCUGGACGAGCAGAGGUGCCCCGACAUGUUCCGCUGCACGGACGAGGUCUCGUACUGGCUGCACGAGAACGAGGAGCGGAAGCAGCAGAUCGUGGCGAUGAGAGAAACCAUCUCUGCUCUGCAGGAGGAGCUGAGGAACCACCGUCACCGCAUCAGGGUGCUCGAGCUGCAGAGUGAAGACAAACACCAUUUGAACGCCUCCCUGGAACAGCGUUUUCAUGAGUUGGAGGUGCACUAUGCUGAAGCCACCACCCUGCUGCACCUCCAGGGCACUCUGAUCCUGGAACUACAGGACCAAGUCCAUAAUCUGACACUUUUGGUGGAUGAUGUAAAAAGAGGCCCUGGUUGUUUGACCAAAGUCGUCCAUCCCAACCCUCUCAUGAGCCGCCAAGAAGCCCUGCACCCAGAGACUCAACAUGUGAGGAACUGCCCCAUAGACUGUGCCUCUAUCUACUACAAUGGCGUGAGGAGAUCAGGCCUCUACACUGUAGUACCUUCACUGGCAGGAAGGUCGGUGGAGGUUUACUGUGACAUGGACACAGAUGGUGGUGGCUGGACCGUGAUCCAGCGGCGGGUCGAUGGCUCAGUGAGCUUUGACCGCAGCUGGAGGGACUAUAGGGACGGAUUCGGUGACCUGCACUCAGAGUUCUGGCUGGGCAAUGACCACAUACACGAGCUGAGCACCCAGGGCGACUACAGCCUCCGGGUGAACCUGGAGGACUGGAGCAACAAGUACAAACACGCCGUCUACCAGAGCUUCAGUGUGGAGGAUGAGGAGCAUCAGUACCGGCUCCACGUGUCCGGCUUCAGCGGCUCGGUGCAGGACUCUUUCAGCUGGUACCACGACAAGCAGGGCUUCAGUACACCGGACAGUGGGAACAUCUGUGCCGAGAUCUCUCACGGUGGCUGGUGGUACAACCAGUGCUUCUACGCCAACCUUAACGGCUUCUACUACAGGGGAGGCCACUACACCCCCCAGGGCCGGGGGCCGCUGGGUCCUGAUGGGAUCGUCUGGCACUCCUGGAAAGACUCUGACUAUUACUCUUUACGAAAGGUCAGCAUGAUGAUCCGACCACGCAGCUUCCGAACCCGUUUGUCACCCUGAACUACCGUCACCCUGACGACAGUAUAGCUGCAGCAACAAUUCUUCAGCAAUGGAGAUGACGCAAUAAAUCACUGGACGCCAUGUUGAUGGUGACGUCCAACGAUGUUUUUAUUGACAGAGAGGGAGGUAAAUGUUGAUGAACUGUUUUGUAGUGAGUGGACCUACAGACUAACCAGUGGAUAGGACUUCUCCUCUGUUUCUGAACUGAAUGCAUAUGCAUCUCUGGCUGGUAUUCUUGAUUUUCUCAUGCGGACCUGAUUUUCCUGGGACAUUUUUCACUGAGUUGUGGGAAGUGAGUUCUUCGUAAUUUUGUACUUUAUUUUAUACUUCUAGCUUGACACAUAACUAGUGACUCGGCCAAAAUAAAUCAGCAGAUUUUGUUGACAGUGUGGUGGAACUGAUGGUGUCUGAGAGGAGACAAGUACAACUGGCAGGCAGAGCAUGUGAGAUUAUUGAAUGCUUUGCAUUCGCUGUGUGAUUGUACUUCUUGUGAUAUCUAUACUGUGCUAUAUUACAUUUAUUUUGAAUG